GACACACUUCUGAUCAACACCAGCCUUUUUCUCUGAGUACCAACCCAUUCCAACAGUGAGACCAAACAAAGAUGCAGGUCUUGGCAGCAUUGUGCUUCCUUGUCUUGGCACACCUGCCCCCCCUGAGGGGGGAGGUAGUAGAAAGCUUCAAGAAGGGCCCGCACUGCCUGGACUUCUUCUACAAGGGCAUGGUGCCCAAGUGGAACGUGCCCAAGCGUCACACCGUCUAUUUGUGUCAGCGCUUCAACAACCGCUACCACUUCGCCACGCUGUACAACACGGACCACCGCAUCGCCAUCUACUCCGCCUACCGCUUUCAGACCGGAGACGACGGCGGUCGCGAGGAUUACUGGUAUAUAGAGCCACAGCUUGUGAACAUGAGCUGGAAUGCAGAGAUGGAGGAUGAGAGGAUGCUCAGAAACGAAGACAACAUUAACGUGGACUUCGGUAAGAAGCAGGCUCUCGAUGAGGACUACAGAGGGUCUAUCUAUGACCGUGGGCACCUCAAUCCAAAUGGACACCACACAGAGGACAGUCGUACUGCCACGUUCACACUCACCAACGUGGUGCCACAGAACCGCGAUCUGAACCAGAGGGUCUGGAACGAGUAUGAGACGGAUCUGCAAGGAGACCUCAGAAAGUGCACGCAGGCCUACGUGCUGGUGGGCGCCAUCCCUUCCGCUGACAACUGGAUCGUCAAGAACAACAUCAAGCGGGUCAACAUCCCCGACCGCAUCUGGAAUGCCUACUGCUGCCUGGGCAACAACGGCCGGCCCCUUGAUAGCGGGGGGGCCAUAGCUCUUAACACUGACCAGUCCCGUGUCAAGAGGCACACUCUCUCAGAGCUGAAACUGCUCCUGGGUCAGUACACCAAAUCACCAGUGGGGGAGCUCUUUCACAACAACUGUGAAGCUUAGAGAGGUAUGGUAUGUUAGAGAGCUGUAGUCAGACACACCCCACACCCCACACCCCACUCUUUAUAUGUUUCUGUGCCAAUUAACAUAUGAGAGUCAUUUACUUCCCUGUAAUUCCCAUUGCCCAUAAGCUUAUUAUCUAAUACAUGCACCAAAACUCACCUAUUUGCACUUUAGGCAUUUGGCUGAUGCUUUUACCCAAAGUGACUUAAAGAAAGGAGCACUUAAUAUGGUAAGAACACCCCACUAGAAAAAGGCAACACUGCAAUCUCACAAGUUCUCCCCAUUCAGCUCUUAAAUAAUCAACAUUGUUUAAUUUCAAUGUGGUUAUAGCUACUGUAAUAAUGGAAGUAAAGACAAACUUCCGUGGGUCAAUAACACCAUUUAUUAUGUAGAUAACCAUGCCUGCUUCCAUAAGCACACACACACACACACACACACACAUGCGCGCACGCACACCUGUCCCUGGCUCUCAUAAAUGUCUGCGUGAUUCUGCCAUUCACAAUAAAGGCUUAAUUCUUCAGUAA